CACAGCCUAAGGGUGUGCUGGGGGCAGCCCGCAUGUGUCACCAUGCACCCUGCUGCCAACAUAGUAUGCCCACAAGGGUGAGCAGAACAACUCGAGUAACAACAACACAACAGAAAAACAUUUCCUUUUCCUCCCUCUCACCCACCAACCCCAUCAAACACGCAGAUAGGCCUCCAACUCUAGGAUAGGUCCCGUCCAGGCCUUCAGCCUCCAGUGGACGAGAUUCUGACAGAUUUACACAGUUCUUUGGAGAAUGCCACCUCUCAGCCCAUCUCCUGUCAGGGCUGAAUCCCAUACACCCAGUUCCACUUUUUCUAUUGCAUUAGCACCAAGGCAUAACAUUUCACACAGACUCUUCCUUUCUCGUGAACCACAACCUCCUUCCUUUUGUGUUUGGCAGAGCCCUGGACCAAGUCUCAACUCACACCUCAGUCCUCACUCCCCGGAUAGAGCAAGGUCGGAGUUCAGAAAAUAGAGGCACAAAGAGACUGCAGGCACUGGAAUCUGGAGCAGCAAAAAUCUGCUGGUGGAACUCUGUGGCUGAGCAGCGUCCAUGGCUGUUGCAGAUUAAUUGGGAGGAUUCAACCCCAAACUUGGACACUUCCUUCCCUCCCAGAGGCUGAUCAGCCCACUGAGUUCCUCCAGCUGCUCAAAGUCUUCCUGGUCCUCACCAUCCUCCCCACCAGCAUUCACAUUCCAUGGAUCAUUGUGAACAAACAUUAGUAAUAGAGAACGAGUAGAACAAGUUCAAGCAAAUCCUUGAUUAAACCUCAGUUUAUAACCAGUUGAAUCACUUUUAGAGCUGAGGGAACUCAAAUUUAUCUGGGGACUUUUGAUUCUGACUGACUGACUUUUGACAAUACUGCCUCCCACCCUCACAAACACGAGAAGAUCUGCAGGUGCUGGAAAUCCAAAGCAAAGCAUGCUGGAGGAACUCAGCAGGCCAGGUAGCAUCUGUGGAAAAGAUCAAACAGUCGACUUUCCAGCCUGCUGUCGUGAAUGGCUUUGAUUGAGUUAAUAGUCGGCAGGAAAAUUAAGAACUAGAAGAUAAAUUAAAGGGAAAAAGACGGAGGGGUCACAUGCAAAAACAUCGGGAAAACACACAGCUGGAUUUCACUGACUUGCAAUUGCAGACUGGGGGCAGCAGAUUCAACACAAACAGACAUUAAACUAACGGGCUGUGGGCGGAGACCGGGCUAUGGAUGUUAAAAAUAGUAGAACUGGUUGCAAUUGAUCCAGCAUUUCCUACUGAUGUUCUGUCUGCUCGAAGUGGGACUGACCAAACGGACAUCUUUCCCCAUGUGAUGCGGGUUGUCGGCGCUGGAUGGGGGGAAGUGGGUGGCGUCUCCGCCGCAUUUACUGCCCACCCCGCAGCGCAUCAGCUGAUUGUUACCUGCACUUCGGAGAGAGGGCGCCAUUUUAGACAGAGAGAGGGAAAAAACACAAAUGCUCGGUAAUAGUUUGCCUGCGUCCAGUUGAAACGAAACGGCGACAGGCUUUGUGGCGAUUCAAGCGUCCGUGGUGUCUGCUCUGAUGAGAUUUCCCCCUGCGAGCUCAGCCUUCCCCGGUUCGCGGUGAUGGCGACAGCGGCUGGCAAGAGCUACUGUUUCAAAGUAGUGCUGCUGGGCGAAGGCUGUGUGGGCAAAACCUCCCUGGUGUUGCGAUAUUGUGAGAAUAAAUUCAGCGACAAGCACAUCAGCACGUUACAGGCAUCUUUUUUGAUGAAGAAGUUGAAUAUCAACGGAAAGCGAGUGAGUCUUGCGAUAUGGGACACAGCUGGACAAGAACGGUUCCAUGCUUUGGGCCCCAUUUACUACCGAGAUUCUAAUGGUGCUAUUUUAGUCUAUGAUAUCACUGAUGAAGACUCAUUCCAGAAGGUGAAGAACUGGGUGAAAGAGCUACGGAAGAUGCUUGGUGGUGAAAUCUGUCUCUGUAUAGUCGGAAAUAAAACUGACCUGGAAAAAGAUCGUAACGUGGUAAUUGAGGAAGCAGAGGCCUACGCAGCAUCUGUAGGAGCAAAGCACUUCCACACCUCGGCUAAAUUGAACAAAGGCAUUGAGGAACUCUUCCUUGAAAUCUGCAAAAAGAUGCUUCAAGUUGCCCAGGCAGAAGAAGCAGUGAAACAUGUGCCCAAGUGUUGUCCUAGUUUUAUUACAUCCUGGUGUGGACGGCUUCAUUUGCUGAGGAAUUGUGAAUAGAAUUGAAUACUGUGCAAUCACCAGCAAACAUCCUUACUUGUAACUUUACGAUGGCGGGCCAUUGAUUAAGCAGUUGAAGAUGGUUAGGCUUUAAACACUGACCUGAAGAAGGGAUGAUAAACCUCUAUCAACCUGAACUAGCAUCUUCAGUGACAGAUGUGAGCUUUACCCUUUUGACACCCAUUGGCUUUGGUAUUUGUUACAAUUAAUAUAUAUACUGUUAUUUUACUUUUUACUGUUAAAAACUUACUUAGUAAUACUGUGAUAUUGUGACAUGUUUGAAGUUAUGCCUUAAUAGACUAGGAAGCACCAAGGUUUACUUUUAGUAUCUUUUCAGUUAAAUUCCCAUGUCAUUUUCUUCCAUUCAACUCCAAAUUAUCUAGCUCCUUAGAAUUUGACUUUUGAUCACCUCAGAUUUUAACUGUCUCAAUAUGUUAUGCAUUCCCAUAACAAUACUCCUAAAUCUCCCAAUGUUCUUCUUCCAAGACUUUCUUCAUUAUCUCGCUAUUUAACUGUCCUUGGAUGUUUUAAAGCCAAGACUGAAAUUUUCUGUUGCAUUAGUUCUACAUCUCAUUCCUGUUCUGAUCCACCUAUGGCCUAUUACAUUGUUUUGCUAAAGCCCAAAGUAAGCCUGAUGCAGCUUCUCAUGUACCAUUUUAUGAUUACAGUGGCUGUGAGCUCCCAAUGUUAAUCACACUCUGUGACGGAGAUAUGAACAUGACAUUUUAUAUAGUCCCAGAGAGGCGCGUGAAUGUCAGUGAUUCCCAUGCCCAUCUUGUGCUCACAAAUCGCAGAAUGCCCGUAAAAAUAGCUUGCUUGCUGGAUUGAGUGGAUAACAAUGCUAUAAUGUGACCUAACAAAUAACUUUUGCUGAAAUUUGAAACAAGAUAUAAUAAGUAGGUGGAAAUUAAUAGUCCCACUUUUAAUAGGGUAAAUUUUGCUAUCCAAUCCAAAUAUUUAUACAAAAAUAUAUUAGGAUAGAAGCUUCCUCCAGAAAACUUGAUGCAUGAUUGUAUUAGCUUGAUAGUUCUUAAUAACCUAUAUUUAUCUGAAGUAGUGUUAUUGAAUACUGUAUUUAAGCUGUAGUUUAAAUGUUGUGUAGUUAAUGUUAAAGGUUAAACUCUGAAAUUUUCAAUUUUGAUGCUGAAGUUAAUGAUUUCAAGAGAAAUAGGGAAAAAAAAAGUCAUACUCCUAGCAUUUAGCAAUGAACAAAUUCCUGGUAUUCUGUCGUUUUUGGUGUUCACCCGGCGGAGAAUCUCACCUGGUCCCUCAACACCAGCUCCAUAGCAAAGAAAGCCCAGCAGCAUCUCUACUUUCUGCAAAAGCUGAGAAAAGUCCGUCUCCCACCCCUCAUCCUCACCACAUUC